AUGUCAAAUCUACUCACAGAUCCUGCAUCGAAUGUUCAAGCAAUAAAACUAACAACAAAUGUGAUACCUUCAUCGCUAACAUUGUUUCCUAACUUGAAAUCAAUUGUAGUUCAUCCAUUUGACAACACACCUGAAGAACAUACACCGGAUUGGACAAUAAAUCCAAAUCUGCGUUCUUUAACGUUGAAUUUAAAAAAUUUCUACGAUUUGAAUUCGAUUCUUGUGUACAGACCUAAUUUGGAGUAUUUAAACAUCAAAACAACGGCAUCGUUUCCGCGACAAGGCGAAAAUCAUGCAUUCAAAAUUGAUUAUAUCAUAUUAGAACAGUUUUCCAUAACUUUCAACGAUUCCACUUUUACGGUCUAA